AUGCUAAAUAAGUUAUGUGGAAGCAUUAGUUUAUUACGUAUAUCGUCUCCUUCGACAAGCAUUUGUUCGAAACGUUUUCUACCAGCAUAUGCUCCAAAACCAGUCAACAAGCCAAGGUAUUUGUGGGAUGAGCGGGAUCUUGUCAAAAAAACGGGUGGCAAGUACACACAUGAACCCCUGAGGAUAAACAGACUGGGAGGUCGGGAUCCUGAAACGGGUAGAAAAGUCAAUCAGCAUAUUGGAGGGGGUGUGAAGUUUGACUAUUAUAUGAUUGAUUUUCAUCGCCGUGGCCCAAACGAAGAGGGGAAGACUUAUGACGAAAGGGUUAUUGAAGUUCGAAGGGAUCCCAAUCGGACGAGCCAUAUAGCUUUAGUUGCCGGUAAAGAAGGGAAACGAUGGAUUUUAGCCACCGAAAAUAUGCGAGCUGGUCAAAUUAUUUCGACUUCAUGUCAUAUACCUAGGAAUCCCAUCAUUGGAGUUGAGGGGAAUGCUUAUCCCCUGGGAGCUCUUGCCGUUGGUACUCUGGUAAACAGCGUCGAAAAAUACCCCGAAAUAGAACCAGUGUGUUUUGGGAGAGAUACUGAGGUUUUCAUAGUGUCAGCGGGCACAUGCGCAGAAAUUGUUAGGCACCAAGGAGAUUUCGUAGUAAUAAGGCUUCCUCACAAACAUGAGUUUUCGUUACACAAGGAGUGUAUGGCUACUGUUGGUAGGCUUUCUCACGCUGAUUUUAAAGACAAAAUUUUUGGCUCCGCUCAAAUGCACCGCAGGUUCGGAUACAAGAUGAGCAGUGGUUUGUUCCACAAGAAAACGGGAUAUUAUGGACGCAAGAUUAAGCCUCUGCCUCCAGUAAGGAAACUCGACGUUAGAGAAGAGCCUUCACCUCCAUUUUAUAAAGUUACUUUAACAAAACAACAACUUAGUGGACUGGAAGGGACAGCACGUUUUAACGAGCUUGUGAUAGCUGGUUACAACUACAGAGAUUACCCCUAUUAUACUGGAAAUUCUUCUAAUUGA